AUGGCACCUGUAAAAUUGGAAGGUUAUGAGUUUUUCAAUAAAACCUUGAAGGCUCCCAAGACAAUCUUGGCUCCUAUGGUGGAUCAGUCUGAACAUGCCUGGAGAAUUCUUAGCAGAAGAUAUGGCGCUGAUGUGUGUGUUACUCCCAUGUUCCAUGCUAGAUUGUUCAGCGAAGGCAAAAAGUACAGAGACGAACAAUUUACUACCAAUAAAGAAGAUAGACCCCUUAUUGUACAAUUUUGUGCCAACGAUGCCGAUAUUCUUUUGAAAGCUGCCAAACUUGUGGAAAACGAUUGCGAUGCCGUCGAUCUCAACCUCGGCUGUCCUCAACACAUUGCCAAGCGAGGUCACUAUGGCUCUUUCUUACAAGAUGAAUGGGAGUUGAUCGCUAAAAUGGUCAGUCUUUUGCACAAGGAAUUAGCUGUUCCUGUCACUGUCAAGAUUCGCUGCUUUCCCACUGUUGAAAAGACAAUUGAAUACGCAAAGAUGAUUGAAGCUGCAGGCGCACAAAUGCUGACUGUGCACGGUAGAUUGAGAGAACAGAAAGGCCACAACACGGGUAUUGCUGACUGGGACAAGAUCAAGGCCGUCAAGGAGGCAUUGAGCAUUCCCGUUGUUGCUAAUGGUAAUAUUUUAUAUCACGAUGAUAUUCAAAGAUGCUUGGAUUAUACUGGCGUCGAUGCUGUCAUGACGGCAGAAGGAAGUCUCUACAACCCAGCCAUCUUCUCCAAGGACCACAAGUUCCCUCCUUUGGCUAUUGAUAUGGCUCAAGAAUAUUUGGACAUUUGCAAAGUGGAGAAGACAAACGGAAGCGCCAUCAAGGGCCAUUUGUUCAAGGUAUUGCACUCCACCUUGCCUCAUCAUAAGGAAAUGAGAGCUCGUCUUGGUCAAGCUCGUCUCGGCAAAGAUGGCUCUCUGGAUGAAUAUACACAGGUGUUGGCUGAAUUAAGGGCUUUGGUUUUGAAGGAUAUCGAGGAACAAGGAGAGGGCGAGGAUGUGCAGGGCCAAGUAGAUGAAAAUGGUAUCCGUAAAUACGCCUAUUGGAGAUGUCAACCUUACAUUCGACCCAAGCUUCCCGAGGAUAAUGGCAACAACUCGGAGAAAGCCAAGGCUCAUCAAGCCAAGGUGCAGCAAGAAAAGGCAGAAAAGAAGCGUCAAGCUGAAGCCCAACAAGACGAGAGCAACAAGAAGCCUAAACCAGAAGCACAGGAAGAGCAAGUUAGACAAGUAACUGUAGAUACCAAUUAA